AUCAUUUGGCACAGUUAUUUUUCUGCCCAGCCUUUUUCCUGGUCGAUCCGGCAUCAAUCAUUGGAAUGUUCUACCGAUGCCUGUGUCGAACUGAAAAGACGAUGCUGGAGGACGGACCAUACAACAGUCUUGUAAGGCAGCGCAAGGUCGCCUCACGCCUCACGGCCUUUCAGUCCCACACGUUUCGCCACUAAGCUGACGUCGUCUUCGCCACCACUUCUUACGUUUACUAGCACUAUCUCCAGACGACGAGAAGGGUUCAUUGCACUUGAUGCUAAUUACCGGAUAUACGCCUAUACAGCCUCUUGCAAUCCGCCGUUCUCAACCCAUUUUCCUCUCGAAAGUAUUGCUUCCCGAACCUCGUGGGUGUGAUGACUCGAGACAGCAUGUUGAAGGAGGUCCUUCUGAACGGUAUCUUUGCGGACCAGGUUUGGCUUCUUGGCCUGCAUGCUCUCGGUGAACGUCAGAUCAUCAGCUAUCUUAUCACCCACGCUCAUCCUUUUAUGCGGAAUGACCCUAUAUUACCAGUGAUCACAGUACAAGACCAGAUUCGGCUUCAAGUUAGAGAAAAAUCGACAUAUAUCACAAGAAGAGCGCUGGUCGUUGUGCUACGAAAGAAAUCAUAUAAGCGGUGUUUUUUUCGGCAAUUUGGACAUGCCAACAGAAAGGGGUUCAUGAAGAUGAGGACAGUAGAGGAAGGCUAGAAGCAUGGCUCGUCUCCUUCCCUUCAUACUCGAUUCGAUCCCUCACAACCAUCAGUAACGUGUUUAUUUUCUAUAAUCUAUUUGAUGCCUCCUU